AUGGUUAAUAAUUCCAGCAAGGCAUUCAUCUCGGUGAUGGCCAUAGUAGGCUACAACACCUCCCUUGCAAAGCAGUACCGCCCAGUUGCUUGGCUGUACGGCAAGGAUCACAGCACUGGUACCCGAUUCUAUCUGAAACCAUCUCAUCGUGGUGUCAUGCAACUUGAGGACUUCCAUGUGGGUUAUAUGCGUAAGUGGACUUAUGAAAACACUGACGGCACUGUAGAGUGCGUGCCUACUACUCAUUAUACCCUCCCAAAUCGGGAAAGCCCUGUAAAUGGGGCCUUGGUUACUGCUAUUGAUGGAACGACGAACAAACAGAUCUCAUUUUCCGUAAAGGUUAAUACACACGAUGCUUCCAGGGAAUGUUUCGAACCUUAUCGAGAUCAAGUUGUCCAGCCUGGUCUGAUGAACGAACUCAACGAAUUGUGCUCCAGGGUUGGCUUGAGAGUCAUCAAUAGUGCGCCUAUCACCGACGUCGGAGGAGGCAUAUAUUAUCCCACUAUCGAACCCAAGAACGGCACGUACACUGGUGAAAAAACAGGGCAAUCCGGACUCGAGAAAAUUGCUCUGCAGAUUAACGUGCAAGGAGGUAAGAUCGAACAAGUCUAUCCAUCGUCAUCAAAUAUAGUGCUAGAGGAACUCAUGUACACUACAGUCGGUGACGCUCUCUAUGUUGAAGUCGGAGCCUCUGGUACGAAGUCCCACCGAAAAUCUAAUAUUAUUCUCGAGCCAGCAGGAAGACCGAUUGCACAUGAAUACCAAGCAAUCAAUUGGAGAAGUUCGAGAGACUGGAAGCAGGAUGUUCCGGGUGCCGACGCUUCCACUGGAAGGGACCAUAAAAAGGAGAAGGAUAUCAGGAAUGAAGAAGCCGGAAAAUCUAAGGGCGUACUCAGACGUCUCGUGAAGAGGGUUACGAGUAAGAAGGGGAGCGGUUACGAACGUCUAUAA